GGAUGAGUCUGAUCUGGAGUAAACCAGAAGUACUAAGAUGGAAAUGCUGAAUUCUAUUCCACUAGAAUAUAAGAUCCAAGAGGACUUUGAUUUCACAACUGAAAGUGACAAGUUAUCUUCGGAAAAAAGAAAUUGUGAAGUAAAUGCAUACCAUCAGGAGACAUGGAAAAGAAAUAAAACCUUCAACCUUAUGAGGUUUAUUUUCAGAAAUGACCCACAGUACACAAUUGAAUUUGGGAGACAACAGAGACCUAAAGUGGGAUGUUUUAGUCAAAUGAUAUUCAAAAAACAUAAAUCCCUUCCUCUACAUAAAAGAAAUAAACGAGAGAAAUCAUAUGAGUGUAAGGAAUAUAAGAAGGGCUUUAGAAAAUAUUCACACCUUACUGAACAUCUGAGAGACCAUACUGGUGUGAGACCCUAUGAAUGUAAUGAAUGUGGAAAAGCAUUUGUAGUUUUCCAGCAUUUUAUUAGACAUCGAAAAAUCCACACUGAUUUGAAACCCUAUGAGUGCAAUGGAUGUAAGAAGGCCUUUAAGUUUUAUUCACAGCUUAUUCCUCAGAUAAUUCAUACUGGUAGGAAACCCUAUGAAUGUAAGCAAUGCGGGAAGGCUUUUAGACGUCAUUCUCACCUUACAGAACAUCAGAAAAUUCAUAUUGGCUUGAAACCCUUUGAAUGUAAGGAAUGUGGGGAAAUGUUUAGAUUAUAUUGACAUAUGUGUCUGCAUCAGAAAAUUCAUCAUGGUGUGAAACCCUACAAAUGUAAAGAAUGCAGAAAGGCUUUUGGUCAUCGUUCAAGUCUUUACCAACAUAAGAAAAUUCAUUCUGAUGAGAAACCAUAUACAUGUGAACAAUGUGAAAAGGCCUUUGUUCGCAGCUAUCUACUUGUGGAACAUCAAAGAAGUCAUACUGGUGAGAAACCUCAUGAAUGCAUAGAAUGUGGAAAGGCUUUUAGUAGGGGCUCAAGCCUUCUUAAACAUAAGAGAAUUCAUAGUAGUGAGAAACUCUAUGAUUGUAAGGAUUGCGGAAAGGCCUCUUGUAGAGGCUGUCAACUUACACAGCAUCAGAGAAUUCAUACUGGUGAGAAGCCACAUGAAUGUAAAGAAUGUGGGAAGACUUUUAAGCUUCAUUCAUAUCUUAUUCAACAUCAGAUAAUUCAUACUGAUUUGAAGCCAUAUGAAUGUAAGCAAUGUGGGAAGGCCUUCAGUCAUGUUGGAGACCUUAAGACACAUCAAUCAAUUCAUUCUGGGGAGAAACCCUAUGAAUGUAAGGAAUGUGGAAAAACCUUUAGACUUAAUUCUCAACUAAUUUAUCAUCAGAUAAUUCAUACUGGUUUGAAACCCUGUAUAUGUAAAGAAUGUAAGAAGGCCUUUCGUUCUAUCUCAGGUCUUUCUCAACAUAAGAGAAUUCAUACUGGUGAAAAACCCUAUGAAUGUAAAGAAUGUGGUAAGGCCUUUAGUCGUAGUGAUCGACUUACUCAACAUCAGAGAAUUCAUACUGGUGUGAAACCACACAAAUGCAAAGAAUGUGGUAAGGCCUUUAGUCAUUGCUAUCAACUUAGUCAACAUCAAAGAUUUCACCAUGGUGACAGGCUCUUAGUGUAAUGAGAGGGAAAGCCUUUAGCCAUGGCACAUUUUUAUUGUUGUCACUAUUAUGAUGCUAUAGUGAAGAUUAAACUAGUUAAUAUAGAAUAUAAAUACUUGGAAAGGCAUCUGGCACAUAGUAUUUGCUUACUAAAUACAUUAUUUUUAUGACAAUUGUUAGAAUUACUAAAAGUAAAUUUUAUAGAAGGAAGACCCUAUGAGUGUGAUAUUUUGAAAAUGUUCUAUCAUCACUUCAUAUAAUUUAUUCUGGACAAAAUCCUGUAGAAUAUAUUAAAUGAGAAAUUUUUAAAUUCAGAAUUCAUACCCCUGAAGAUUAAUGCUGGAAUAAAUACUGUGUAUUUAUUGAAUAAUGAAAGGAUAGCUGUUGAAAAUUAGAGAGUGGUUUAAAGAAAUUUUUUCACAAAUCCUAUAAUACAGAUAACAUACAAUUUGCAUCCUCUACAGUUAAAAUAAAUUAAAAAUGAACAGUUAGGUAGCCAGAAGACAGAUAUUAACUUGGAAAAGUUUUCCCUAAGUUUAUGAAAAUGUUAAGAUUUACAUACUUACAGAAAAGGUAACUGUUUACAGUGGUGCAGUGAAGGCUUGUUUGCCCUUCACCUAGUUUCAGUACAUCUGAUGUCUCUCUUUUUUAUGUGUAUACUAACACAUAUAUACACACAAAUACAUAUACACCCAUGCAUGUCUCAUGUCUAUGUAUAUACACAGACACAUAUAUAUAUCAUACUUAUUACACAUGAAUAUAUAUAUUACAUACAUCAUUUUUCCUGUUUUUUGAGUGAAUGUUUUAGGUAUCAUUCACCUCUAAAAAAGGCAACAUACAACUGCUAGGAUCAAAGAUAAUCUUCUAGAUGUCUACUAAACCAUUGUCACAAAAAAAUUAACAGUAACCCUGUAAUGUCUUAAAAUAUUCACUCCAUUUGCAAAUUUCUCCAGUUUUUAAAAUAACGUCUUUUAGCACAGGCUUUUUCACAAGCCAAGAACCAAACUAAUCUCAUAUAUUUUAUAUGAUUAUGGCUUACUAAGUCUCUUUUAGUCAAGAGCCUACCCUUCAUCAUUUUGUGACACAGACUUUUUGAAGACUUUAGAUUUGACCUAAAUAGUGUUGCACAUCCUGUGUUUGUAUUAUUGUUUCUGGAGGUGUGAUUAACUUGUUUCUUUGUCCUCUAUAAUUACUGUGACCUGGAGGUUAUGAUUAGAGGCUUGAUUGGGUUUCAGAUUAAACAUUUUUAAAAGACUACUUCAUAGAUAGUAUCAUGUACUUAAUAUUGUAAAAUACCAGGUGGCCUACAAGUGAAACUAUGUUUUAUCCCUUGAUUCACGUAUUGACCACCAGCUCCUUCCAUUGUAUGGCUGAAUUUUUUCUUUGCAAUUAAAUAAGUAAUCCAUGGAAAGUCAUGUUGGAAAUUUAAA